AUGACACAAACACAAGACGCUAUCACCCAUUUAGUUCUUUUGGGAAAGAACGGAGAGAAUACCCCAGUCCUCCUCCACACUACCGGAGAGUUAAAUACGACUGAUGAGACUUUCAUGAUGACAACCGCUUUUCCAGACCAAGAAACUAAACUGCCCGACUACGUUUACUUUAACAACGGAAAGACUUUUGGAGUUUCGGUGGUCUUCAAUGGGAGGAAGGAAUGGAAGUAUAAGAAAUAUGCCAUCGUUGCCUUUGUUACUGUACCAUAUCUCCAUCAGAUCGUACACAUAUUAUUACCUUUGGCUAAUGCUUAUAUCACGCAAGUGGAAGAGAUCAACGUGACAUUGAUCGGCCAUAUGCUGACUGUGGCUAAUUACGCUUUCUCACCAAUAUAUACAUCGGCACCAACAGCAACCGCCCUUGUUAACAGACUCGACACCAACGUACUAUGCUUGCUCAAACUCUUUUUACUCGAGAAGAGAGUGUUGGUCGUCGCUUCACGCGAACAAGCACUGUUGGCUAGUGAAACGGUCUUAUUUUUGUUGUCACUGGUACCCGGUGUCUUCUUCACAAAACCCAAUUUGAAAGAGGUGGACUUACUACAAUUACCACUUUCGUUGAAUACUGAAGAGAGAGAAGUGUACUUACACCUCUCGAUUAACAAUUUCGAUAGAAUUGGAAAUGGCAACGGCGUUAUUGCUGCUGUCUCCACCAAUGUUGUAUUACAGAAGUCACCGGAUUAUGACGCCGUUGUUGAUGUCUCCACUGGUAAAAUUUUGUAUCGCGACAAGAACGUCGAAAUGGAUUGCUCUUUGACUAAAACUGACAAGGUCUUUAUUUUCAAUGUCAAAAAGGAGAUCAGAGUGAACGCCAUGUCGACAACAAACGUUGAGAAAGGAACGGACAACUGGGUUUUCAGAGAGUUAGUGAAUUACAUUAUGGCGUUGUUGCAUGGACUUGCCAGAAACAAGGAACUCUUCACAAAGAAGCCAUUCAGAUUUACGAGUGCAUUAGAAGAAGUGUUUGUCGACUUUGGCGAGGCCUUUGUACGAGCUUUCUUACAGACGAAUUGUUUCCAUAACUGGAGAGAAAAGAUGACGAAUGUUGGAAUGGAAGGGAAGUCAUUUGAAAGGGUACACCCCUCAUUUGAAGAAGGCAUUUCCACGUCCGUUGAAGAGAACUUGAAGUCCUUCUUUAAUAAUGACUUCACCAUCGGAUCAACUGUAGCAUUUAACGACUUUGCCUCAAAAAUUUCUGCUUGGUCUAAAAAGAGUGGCAAAAAGACUGUUAAAGAGGAAGGUAAACAAGACGUUCCAAAAGAAGUUUCACAAGAUGAGAAACCACUUGAAAAGGAUAAAGAAAUGAAAAUUGAAAAAGCUGCGAGUCAAAAAGAGGUGGUGGAAACAACUGAAGACGUUGUGAAAGAAGACGACAAGGUAGAAGUUGCUCAAGUCGACGUUGCUAAAGACAAAGAAGGGCUUACAGAUCCCGACCAUCCUGCAGAUUUCUUCUUCUCGUAA